UCGCCCUCCAAAAGACUUUAAAGGGCUUAAAUUUGUAUAUCUAUCAAUUAGAAUAAAGCUGUAAGGGACCUUGGAGGUCUUCUAUGUAAUAAUAGCAACACAAUUGUAUCUUCCUCCAGGUUUUGUAUAGCAAUAACCCAAGUGUAUCCUCUUUAUACCUGUGUAGCAGGUCACACUAUAAAUGUGUUUGUGUGUGUUUUCUGUUUCUACAAAGAAAUUAUUUUCUGCCCAGAUAAAAGUUUAAUACAUGAAGCAGCUCAGUAGUGAAAACAAGAAGAAGAAUCAAAUAGUGUUGAUUCAUGUUUUUAUUGAGAAUAGUGCAAGGCUACUGGAUUUGAGCUUUUUUUUAUUCUGCUCUGACCCUCAGCCACAGUGCAUUUUAAUAUGAAGAACUUUAUGACAUAAACAUCUUAGAAGUUUCCAGAUACUGUAUUCAUGCAGCCUUUGGUGCAAAACUAGAUUUUUUUUCCAGUUAAACUGAAUGUGAUAAAUAUGAUAAGUACCAAAACAAAAAGUAGUAUAUAAACUUAGCAAACAAAUUAUCUUAUUCCUAAAGAUUUACUUUUUCUGUCUAAAAUCUUACAUUUUAAGAUUUUAAAAUGUUAUUAUAUUUAAGGCAAAAAUCUUAAAUUUACUUCUUUGGGAGAGAGAUAACACUGAUUAUCUUUGAAGAAACAUGCAUGGAAGUGAUCUUUUAGAUCCAAACGUUAUUCAUUUUUUACUAGAAAGAAACCCAGGUUAAAUCAGUGCUUAUUUUAAGCCGAUUAUGCACUGCAGCCAGAAUCCCCAACCCCAGCUUUGCAGUCAGUAGAAUAAAUUAGUUAAAAUCACCCUCCUCUCUUUGAUUUCAUGGGGAUUUCUAUGCUGUUAGAUUUGCCUGAAAUAAAGUUGUAAAAUAUAUACCAUUCAGCUGAAAUUUGUUCCAAAUAUUUUUACUAAAGUAAACCUUACUCAAAUCUCUUAUUAGACAGGAUAUCUAGCUAUAGUAUCCAAAUUAUGAUGUUGUUACAAAACAGUACAUUCAGACACUCUGCCAUCCUUGAACACCAAUGCUAAUGAUAGAGAAGACUGUAGCGACAGCUGACUUGUGGCAGCUCAUUUUAAUUCAUUUUUGUUUCCUGUUUCCUAGUUCCUUGCUCCGGUAUGGUGGGAACCUGUCACUUCAGAGUGCCAUGAGUGUGAGAUUUAACAGCAAUGGAACGCAGCUGCUUGCUCUCAGGCGUCGGUUGCCACCAGUCCUUUAUGACAUCCAUUCCCGUCUGCCUGUCUUCCAGUUUGACAACCAGGGUUAUUUUAACUCUUGUACCAUGAAAAGCUGCUGUUUUGCAGGAGAUCGUGAUCAGUACAUUCUCUCGGGGUCUGAUGACUUCAAUUUAUACAUGUGGAGAAUUCCUCCUGAUCCUGAAGCUGGUGAGUGUAUGGAAUCUACUGAACUUAUUCUCAAUAAAAAUUGUUGUAUUUUGGAAUUAUGUAACAUGGAAGAUUGAUAAGGAAAUUAUCCA